AUGCUGGGCACUCUACUCGACAAGAAUCCAAAUUUGAUUUACUAUUUUGAACCGCUGACUGGUUUCAUUGGUCCAAAUGGCGACAACGUCACUGAAAAAUCUCAAGAAACGCAAAUGGAUCUUUUGGCGAUGGCGUUUGAGUGCAAAUUGCCAAGAAAAACGCCAGAAAUGAAGGCCGAAAUGCAGAUUUCAAAGGGUUGCGAUAAAAGCAGGGAUGAAAAUGGAGCGAAGAAGUUCUAUUGCGAGUCGUCGCAGUUUUUGAGAGAGACGGUAGCGCAGUACUACGGAUCGUCGAGGUUUUGUCAGAAGCCAUUUUGUGAUAAGGAAGAUCAGUUCAGUAAAAAAAAUCGAGCUGGCGAUUGCAAACGCCUCUGCAAAGACCCCUUCAAAAUCGAAUCCAAUCCCGAUGCUCUGAAAAACCAACAAUUUUUCGAAGAAAAAUGCCAAAACAGCUUAGGGGUUGCAAUCAAAGAGCUGCGGAUUGAUACGUUAUCUCGUUUCAAGCGGCUUUACGAGGAACCGGAGAAAUUUGGAGAAUUUAAGGAAAUUCAAAACAACCCAGAAAUCCGAAAACGUACAAUAAUCAUUCGCUACGAAGAUAUGAGCAUGCAUCCGUGGGAGAAAGCAACUGAAAUUUACGACUUUCUAGGGCUCGAAUUUGAUGAUGAAACAAGGGCUCAAUUUGAAGAAGCGACUGGAAUUCAUCGAAGACGAAAAAGAAGGUCUGAAAAGGAAGCUCAAGGCCCUGUAAAAGUUGUCGAUUCUCAUAUCGAUAUCUUUGGAGUUUCAAAAACAAAAUCGUCCUCAGAACUCCUCGAAGGCUGGAGAAAAAUAUCGGCCACGAGCUGGGCAGUACUCUUCGAUAUUUACUGCUGGAAAGAAGUUGUCGAACGAUGA